ACAGCUCGUCAGGGUCUGGAACGCGAACAGCAACGCGGGCAGCAGCAGCAGCAGGAAGAGGAAGCGGAGCGCACGGAGCGUGUGGCGUGUAAACAAAACACAGCGACAGCAACAACAACGACGACAACAACUACGACGACUACUUCCAACAACACCAGCGGCGAGCGUCGUUCGUGCAAGUGCAGCGACUUUAAGCGGCGGGGAUGGACCGCAAGGACGCGCCGCUGUGGCUGUGGCUGUGCGUGGCGGCGGCGCUGAGCGGCGCCUCGGCGGCGGACGUCUUCGACGCCGUCCUGGGCGACGCGGGCCCCUGCCAGCGAGCCUGCGGGGACCGCUACGGGGACAGCUACGGGGCACUAGGCGCCGGGGACGGACACGCGAGCGAGAACCUCACCAGAGGCGGGGGGGCGGAGGCGGCAGGGGGGGUGGAGGAGCGCGAGAGGCUCACCCUGGCCUGUGAGCGGGGAUGCCGUCUGUUCUCCAUCUGCCAGUUUGUGGAUGAUGGCGUGGAUCUGAACGGCACACGCUACGAGUGUCUGGCUGCUUGCAUGGAGGCGUACAAGCGAGUGGAGGAGCAGGUGGCAUGCAGCACCGGCUGCGACAGCCAGCAGCCCCUGGCUGUCCUCCGCCAAAAACAGCUGAUGUCGAUGGUGCCACGCAUCCACUUCCUCUACCCACUAACGCUGGUGUCCAGUCUCUGCGGGAACCUCAUGAGCUCGGCGCAGUCCUUCAUCUCCUCCUCUUGGACAUUUUACCUGCAGGCCGAUGACGGAAAAGUCGUUGUCUUUCAGGUGAGAUCGGCACCACUUGAGUCCCAACCGGAGCUGGAGCUGGAGAUCCCGAACCUGCACUUGGCUUUUGGAGGGCUGAUGGCCGCUUCCCAGCAGAGGGAAAAGCUCGACCAGGAUUUCCUGCCCCGCCUGCAGCGGGUCGCUUCCUCCGAGGAGGACGUGCGUCAGUUUGCUGCCGAGCACGAGGCGAAGCGCGAGGAGAGGAGCAACUCGGGCGAGUCGAGCUUCCAGCUGCUGUACGAGGAGCACGCCAAGCACGACUUCCUCUCGUGCAUGUCCAGACGCUCCGGGCUGCCCCGCUGGAUCCUGGCCUUCACCCUCAUCCUCUCCAUCGUCGUGCUGCUCUGGCUGUGCUGCGCGACGACCGCCACUGCGCCCGACCAGUAUAUCCGCCUGCCCCAGAAGCUGAGCAUCAACGGGGACCUGCAGUACCUGAAGGAGCUGUACCUCAAGAUGCCGCUUGACUCCACAGUGCCGUUGGUGAGCGUGGCCAUGGAGGACGAUGGGGACGAGGGAGGACCUCUGCCGGCCAAAGUUUCCAUGUUGCAUGCCACGCUGUGACAGAGUCGCCAGGGGGGAAAAACAUUCUGGGGGUCCGAUUCCUGUCCUGACAGAGGGUGGGGGGGGGGACUCUUUGGGAUAGAUUGCGGGAAUGAGAAAGGGCAACUUUUUUCGAUAGUUUUUUUUUUUAGCUGUUAAGGUAAAAAAGUAAAGUGACACCGCAAAAAUAAGUGACUCCAUUUAAUCUGAGUGCAUGUUAUUGAGUCGGAGCCUCAAGGGAUCCGUGUGCUUCUAAACCAUUAACAUUCAAAUGGGAUCUGUGUUUCUCUUGGGGGUCGUCUAUGAGUUACAGCUGCACUGCACGUAACGAAGGCCUUUUUGCCACGACUGGAGUUGGACCCCCGCAAUCUUAGGUCAUCGAAUCAAAAUUACUCUCUUCUCAAUGUUUUCACAGAAAUUGAUGCAGGUGAAAUGACUUAUUCCCUUCCCACGUGUUUCUUUUUCUCUUUAAGUUAGCGUAUUUUGUCGCUCCAUUUUUGGGGUAGGUGUAGGUGGACUGAUAUAGUUUGAGGAAAACGAAAGUAUGUUAAGAGGGAAGAAAGUAAACAAAUGCUUGACUGCAUUUUAUCACAACCUAAUACAUUUAAUGGAUUGAGAACUCGGUAAUUUUAGUAAUGGCCUCUGGUGUGUUGUUUUUAUUUUUCGUCCUGCUGGGAAAUGUGUUGGCUCUGAAUCUUGGAGGCUCUGUCCUGGACUGAACCUUGUUGGCUUAAGGGGAGUGCAGGUUUUUCCUUCCUUGAAAAUGUCACUGGCGUGGGAGAGAGAAAACCCCGCCCGGUUUAUUUACUUCCUGAUGCUCAAAACUAAAUUUGAUUUUCCCUCUGUCAACAGAGAGCAUUGCUUGUUAUCUUUUGCGCCCAAUCUUUUUGUACUGAUGUAAACAAAACAAACCCCCCCCCCAAUCUCACAGCACAAAUCCUUUGCUGAAUUUAACUUUGGGAUAAUUGGACAGUAAAUUCAAGACGUUAACUUCAAGAUGGCGCAUUCAAGUGUGCAUACGGACAUGCUAUGUAAAAUGUUUUCCUUAAUUGGCCGCGCUACGAUAUUGUCACUUUCUGACAUUCGUGCAAUUUCUGGUAGAAGUGUUCCCGUUGUGACCCAUUUCUGCACUCCACCAUAUGAUAAACAACCUUGUUUUCAGUUUUGAGCAUCUCAAAUGGGUUAGUAUUUAAAGAAGAUGGAACCGAUGAAAACCUGGCAAGUGGUGAAAUUUAAACAUUGGAAAAUGACUUGAUGCGCUAGGUUGACAUCAAAGACUUUGGUAGUGGUGACCUCUAUAAUAAUGUGUCUUGCUGCAGUCACGGAAGCUUCAGAAGUGACAUUCAAACGGUGAAUUGUUUUUGCAUUGCCGCAAGCAGCGGUUCAGCUGGACACUGUAACAACAGCGAUAUAAAUAUCUGUGAAGCAUGUAAUGUAACCUCACGAUAAAGAAGAACCCCUGGAUUAAUGCACCUGUGUUGUACAAUGCAAUACUUGUAGAGCCGAAUUAACACUGAUAUAUUAAAUGUAAUGGUCUACUUAUAAAUUCUGUUUGAAGUUGGCUAAAAAUCGGUGACUAGCAAAUCAAUAUUAGGUGAAUUGUAAAAAAAAAAAUCCUCUUCGGAUCGAACACAUGGAGGGCACUUAUUUCGGAGGAUUCAAUCCUAUGGUGGUGGUGUUAAUGGGUUGCUGUGUAAUUCAUGGAACAGACCAUAUCCUUCUUUGGACAUAGGAAAUUAAAUUAAACAAGCAUCUUCGUUAAAUUGUAUUAUUUAUGAAACCUAAUUUUUCAUGGAGCAAGAAAAAAGUGAUACAUUUUAAAGCCAUAGAAAAAUUUAACAAUAUACAGUGUAAAGUGUGGAAGAGUAGGCCAAAAACCCUCUAAACAGGCUCGAGGGCUUUCUCCAGUGGAGCUUCGUCCACCAGCAUUGGUAUAAGCAGGGAAUUGCAGCCCUGCACCAUUACCACUGCAUGAAUCCAGAGCAUUCCUCAUUUUCUGAUAAACACAGCCCUGGAUUAAUGGCCAAAUAAUGCGUUACAUUCUUCUGAAUAUUUAUUUUCUCUCUCUCCUCGUCAGCCGAUUCAUAGAUUAUAGAAACCUCUCGCUAAACCCAUGGCAGUGCUCUUGAUAUAUGUGUACCGGCGACAUUUAUUCCCACAGCAUUCACCAGUGGUGGGCUUGAUUAGCCCUGUUCCAUGUGGGUGGCUCUUAAGGUGUCUUUGUUUUCGAGAAUCUGUUAUUUUUUCCGGAGUUUCUAAAGACGUGGGACAUUUGAAUUGCUUAAAAUGUGUAAGCAGCCGUUUUUGCGAAUGUUUGUUCUGGCAUCAGAUGGAUAUAAACAACAGCAGAAAGAGACAAGGUUUUAAUGUUCUAUUAGGUCUCGUCUUUUCCUACGGUAUUUGCAUUUGUUUAAAUGUCCAUGUGCAGUCACACCUCUAUAAUCUGACUGGUUCUCUCUCGCAGGCUUUGGGUUGCAAUGCAUUAUUCUUAAGGUUUUGCUUAAUUUGGCAGCGGGAUUGUUAGUGCAGGUUGUUAUAAAGUAAAGUAAUCCAUUCCACAAAAUGUAAUUAGAAACGUAACAUUGUUUCUAAACUCCGCUUGAUUGUAGGAGUGCGACUGCAUCAGAGUAACGAGCUUGCGAUGUGUGUGGGGAAAAUAAGGUACUGUUAAUUCAAUACAAGAUCAAUUGUGUAGCUAGAUUGCAAGUGGUUAAUGGAUUAAACUCUUUACUGAAA